UGGCUUUGGCCUUCAUAUAUAUAUAUACGUUGUCAAUAAAGCAACGUUUAAUUAAGCUCCCCCAUUACACCUAGCGUAUCAUCAACACCAUGGAAUCAUUCUUCCUCAAAACCAUGAUAACCCAGAACAACACAUUGCAACAGCAGGUCCCGUUAGUGGGCACAGAUUUUUCAUGGAUGAUUGAGUUUCUGAAGGGCAUGGUGAAGCCUGUUGCAGCCACUGCGGUGGUUUUUUUGGCUGUGGCUUUGUCUUUCUCUCAGAAACUGGGGAUGGAGAGAGAGAUGGUUGUUGCCAUUCUGAGAGCAUUUAUUCAGCUCUCUAUUAUUGGGUUUGUUUUGCAGUUCAUAUUCAACCAGGACAACGCUGGAUGGAUCCUUCUAGCAUACCUUUUCAUGGUGUCUGUUGCUGGUUAUACUGCGGGUCAGCGUGCGAAACAUGUUCCUCGUGGAAAGUUAGUGGCUGGGGCAUCCAUUCUGACAGGAACUGCAGUAACUAUGUUGGUGCUAGUAUUACUGAGCGUGUUCCCUUUCACUCCAAGAUAUAUCAUCCCUGUUGCAGGCAUGAUGGUUGGUAACUCAAUGACUGUAACUGGUGUUACCAUGAAAAGACUCCGCGAUGACAUUAAAAUGCAAAUGAACUUGGUUGAGACGGCACUGGCUCUGGGUGCAACCCCGAGACAAGCAACGCAUCAGCAGGUAAAAAGGACUCUAGUUUUAGCAUUAUCUCCAGUGGUGGACAACACUAAAACAGUGGGUCUAAUAUCCCUUCCUGGGGCAAUGACUGGUCUGAUUAUGGGAGGGGCUUCACCAUUGGAAGCAAUUCAACUACAAAUUGUGGUCAUGAAUAUGAUGAUUGGUGCAGCAACUGUUAGUAGCAUAGUGGCUACAUACCUAUGUUGGCCAGCCUUCUUUACCAAGGCUUACCAGUUGGAGACCAGAGUCUUCUCAAAUUGAUUCCACCUAAUUUACUUCAAAUCUCCUUCCCGGGAUACAGCCUCGUAAUCUAUUCAGCUAUAACUGUAGAUGACCGGUUUUUUUUUUUUUUUUAAUUACUAAAUUGCAGAUGUUGGGAUGAUAAGUUUGUUUCUCAAAACAAAUUUUGAUAAAAUAAAAUAAAAAAAUUCUCAUA